GACAUGGAGCAUCCAGGAAGACGGCUGGUUGGGGCUCUUCUCCUCCUCACGCUCGCCCGUGUCUCCACACAGAAAAACACGGUCUCCUGGUGUGUGGUCUCGGAUGCCGAGGAGCAGAAGUGUCUGGAUUUAGCCGGGAACGCCACAGCGCAGAACAUCCGAGGAAAGCUGCUGUGCGUCCGUGCUAACAGCCCCAGCGACUGCAUGCUGAGAAUCAAGAACGGUACAGCGGACGCCGCCUCCAUGUUUGCCGACGACAUCUACACAGCCGGCCUCUGCCACGGCCUGGAGGUGGCCGCAGGCGAGUCCGACGACGGAGAGGAUGGGAUCAGUUACUACGUGGUGGCGUUGGCGCGGCGCUCCUCCAGCGACCUGUCCCUGCUGGAGAUGCACGAGCGCAGCUCCUGUCACCCGGGAAUACGCACCACGGUGGGCUGGACCGUGCCCAUCGGCUUCCUGGUCAACACCUCCCAGAUCAGCGUGGGGGAGCAGUGCAACUUCCCCAGAGCGGUGGGAGAUUUCUUUGGCUACAGCUGUGUGCCCGGGGUGAAGGAUCGAGAGCAUGACCCGAGGGGCAACAACCCGAAGAACCUGUGUGAGGCCUGCAUAGGAGACGAGAACGACCGGCACAUCUGUGUCAACAACCACCGGGAGAGACACUACGGAGAGGCUGGAGCACUCAGGUGCGUGGCUGAGAAUCUGGGAGACGUGGCCUUUGUGAAAGAGACAACCGUGUUCGACAACAUGGAUGGUAAAAACCUGGAAUCAUGGGCCAUGGACCUGGAGCUGGAGGACCUGAAGCUGCUGUGUCCAGAUGGCGGCGAGGCGGGGCUUCACGAGCACGAGAAAUGUCACCUGGCCGUGGUGCCUGGCAACGGUGUCGUGGUCCGCAUGGAGGACAAGUGUCGGAUCUGGAAGUUUCUGGAGCGCCUACAGGAUGCAUUUGGGAAUACCACUGAGGGUUUCAACCUGUUCAGUUCGGUCGGCUACGGCCAAUCAGAUGUUCUCUUCAGCGACUCCACCAAGCACCUUCUGAGGGUUCUGGGAAGCUACACCUCAUGGCUGGGCCCCACCUACACCACGGUGCUGCAAGCUUUUGAGUGCGAGGGUUUGUGCUGAUCCUACUGGAGGAGUACGAGGAAAGUUCGUCUCUGCCUCUUCCCUCCCAGUCUACCUUUCUUCCCCACCACCUUCAUCCCCCCCCCCUCAUCCUUUCUUCCUCUUGAUCCCUCUGUCAUCCGUCCGUUCUCUUUCUGUAGCUCUCCAUCACCUCUUUUAUCGUUCUUCUCUCCCUCCUUCUGUCUAUGUAAUGGUGGCUUGUUGAGUUCAUGACUUUUUUUCCCCAGGCUAGUUACAGUCGUCUGUGUUUUCUUACAUCUCCGUGUUAUUUCUCAUGCCUCUGCCCAAUAUAGGCCAGACUGGCAGAGUGGCAUAUUCAGUUUGUUUUGUGUGUGUAUAUGUGUGUGUGUGUGCGAUAGUUUCUCUGUGUUCUCACGGUUGGUAUAGGGCACACUGUGCCAGCCCAAACAGUUACUCCAUACAGUAGAGAGAGGGAGUUGGGGGAGGAUAAGGGAUGUAGUCCUCCCUUACCACUAACCGGGAACUAGUCUACCAUUUUACCCUCCCCCUCUGAAGGUUAGGAUUAAGGAAGGGUAAACCAGACUGGAGCUGAUCCAAAAUGCACAUGCUACCAAAACUUGUAUCUACAUCUAAGACAUUUUACACCCCCAUUUUCAAUCCUUGUAAAUGCAAAAUGUAAAGAGGAAGAGAACCAGGAGUGCUGUACCCUCCAUGUUGCAGGCGAAGACCGUGACUCUCUAUUAACUAUGUUUAAAACAUCGAUUAAGAAGGUGCUCUCUCAAUAUAUUUACUUGAUGUCUGAAAUCGUGUACUAUAAUGCUUAGUUUCUUAUUUCAUUUCUUUUUUCCCCCAACAAUUGUCCAACUUUGGUUGUUCCUGUCCAAUAACAAGAAUGUCUGUAAAUUGUCUAUUUUUCCUUGUGAUAGUGCACUUUGAAGAACGGGAAUAUUCUAGAUCCAACUGAAGUCUCAGACAUCAGCUGGGAUUUCAUUCCUCUCAGAGAGGAAGUUGCUGGGCAUCAGACAAGCAAAAAGUUCCAAAACAAAGGAUGUACAGCUUUAAAGUCAAAAUAAUUUUCCAUCCGUCCGUCAUGCAUAUUGUGUAAAAACAAUCAAUUUAUUAUGGACUAUAACAUGAUAGAUAGAGGCUAUUUCCCCCUCAAAUUAAAGCAGUUAUAACAUUUUGUUCGGUAAUUGCACUCAUCCAGUUGUAGAAACAGCAGCAUCUAUCAAGUUUCUGCCCAGCAAAUAUUGACAUACAUGUUUUACAGACAUGUUGUAUCGAUGGAAAACACAUUUUGUUUUAUCUUAUUACAACAACAACAAUAAUUGUGAGUCAGAGCACAGGCAUGAUCAUGGUGUGAGGAAAGGUUGGGUAAUCUGGAUCUAAAUCUGAAUCUUAAACUAAAUUGAAUUCAACAUUUCAAUCUUAACCUGUGAAUCUGAAUUGAACUUAAUUAAGAUUAAUUUGAAUUUGAAUGUGUCUGCUCUGCACAUCUUGGGUGGUUUAGUGGUGCCAUUGGUGCUUUGGAGGUACUGACUGUUAACAAGGGUGAAAUACUGUUCUAAAAGCCUGUGUGUAAAUAUUCUUCACCUGCUUGAGUUUGUAGUGCCACCUACACUCUUUCCAACCAAUUAAACACAUGAUGAUAAAAUG